AUGUCCGCCUACCUCAUCACGAUGGCCACUGGUAAGCAAGCCCUCUGGACCAUCAAUCAUCUGCUAGCUUCCGGUGCCAAGGUGCAUGCCCUGGUGCGCGAUCCCAACAAGGCGCCGCUGCCGGCCCAACUGACGCGUGCUGGCGUGACUGUCUUCACUGGUGACAGUCAGGACGUCGAUGCUGUCUUCCGGGCUGCCCAGGGGUGCAAGGGCGUAUUUUUAAACACCUUCCCGAUUCCUGGACUGCCGAUGAAGCAGGCCCAAGGCAUUCUGGAAGGCUGUCGGCGGGCUGGUGUCGAGUCCAUUGUGGUCACAACGGCACUCUGUGUCAGCAACCGUGCCAUGUGGAAUGACGAAUUUACCAAAGAGUGUGACCUCUAUGACUACUUUUCCGACAAGGCAGCUGUCGAGGAUCUCGUGCGUGAAGCCGUGGCAGCAUCUAACUGCAGCUUCCGGGCCUACACGGUCCUCAGGCCGUCCUACAUCCACUUUGACUACCUCCUGCCCAACGUCUACGGAAACUUUCCAGAGCUUCCUUCCGCUGGCGAGAUUGUCCACGCCUGCGAUGACGGCACUCACAUCCCCCACACCGACGGCAACGACCUCGGGCGCUAUGCUGCUGCUGCUUUACAGGACCCGACCACGUUCAACGGCCAGGAGAUCGAACUCGGCCACGAGAAUCUCAGCGUUGAUGACAUCCGCAACAUCCUUACUCGUGUCAGCGGUCGUGCAAUUGGUCUGCGUCGCCGCACACCUGAGCAGGUUGAGGCUGCCAAGACGACUGUUUUCGGACAGGCUUUCCAAAUCUGGGCCGGAGCUAAGGACCUGGAGCCGGUAGUCGCCGAGGCUAAGGCCGUAGAGGCUCGUUUUGGCAUUCCACUGACGUCGCUCGAGCAGGCGCUGGUCCGAGACAAGGCCGAAUUGAUGGAGUGUCUGAGUGUGGGUUACAAGAAGUGA